AGAGCAAAGUCAGCGCUAGCCAGCAAAGACGCGACGACGAAACGAGGAGGAGCAGUAGAGAGAUGGCGUCUACUGACGACGAGCAACAGGAGCUCGUCGAUGUCACUUUUGACUUUUUCGGCCUGGAAGCAGUCGACUAUCACGGCAUCAGAGCCCUGCUGAACCAGCUACUCGCGCAUGACGCAAGUCUCAUCAGAACAGAAGCACUAGCAGACUGGCUCGUAGCGCCUACUCAGACAGGUGUAGCAAUGAGCAAAGCCGGAACGACAGUCAAGACAGACGGCGAAGCGAGCGAUCCUUUGGCUCUUUGUGCUUAUGUGCCUCUCUGUCCGUUGCCUGCCAACACAAGCGACGAAGCAACUGCUGCUCUUGCGGGCCUCACAUCUUGGCUCGCUCAGCGCGUGCUGGCAUCUACAGCACAGAGCCGACAAGGACUACGUACGAUAGAUGAAGACAUUGCUAAAACGCUCGCGCAAAGACUCUCGGCUGCUCAGUCCGCGCCGAGCUUGGGAUUGAUCGUCUCCGAGCGCUUGCUCAACAUGCCAGCUCAGAUCGUAGCGCCCCUACUGCGCAUCACGCUCGAGGAUAUGGCCAGUAUACCCAAUGCAAACGACAAAGACGCUCAGAUAUUGCUGCUCUCGCGUAUCUACGUCGCCGCCUCUGAAGACGACGCAGACGAUCUCAGGUUCGCGCAAGCGUCGCAAGACCUGACGAAUGGCUCUACUCCAAAGAAGCGUCGGAAAGCCAAGACGCCCAAGAAGCAAGCUCAGGAAGCCCAGUUGUACCCUUAUCACGUCGAAGAUGAGAUACUCGCGCAAAACGCAAAACAUGUGCUCGAUUUUGCGUACCAGCAAGCCCCAGCAAGAACGCAAGAAGCAGAGGGUCUCGAUUUCGGAGUAGAAAUGUUUGGCACGCUCAUGCUGUUCGACCGCUCCUCUCUCGACGGUCUGGUGGGAGCACUCGAGCAAGCAGGCAGCUCAACAUGAUGCAUUCUAGCUGAGCGUGUUGUUGUACUUUGGCGCAGCUGCAAAGUAAUGCUGCGAGAAUUGUCGCAAUAUCGGAUGAGCUUGCACUGACUCUGUCCGCAGUGGAUUGCGCCAGUCUAUCUCGUCGGUUGUGACUUGCAAAGGCUGUCUGAAUGCUAGCUCGAAGCAGCACGCUGUACCUCCGCAA